AAGAUAGAUGGAUGAAUUAGGAGAGGUGACAGAAUAGAAAAAGCUGACAGUACUCGUUAGGAAAAUGUUUAAAAAAGGUCUGCUCAACUGAAUUUUAAACUCGUGAUUAAAACCACAGAAUGAGAUGAAGAUAUAUUUUUGGUUCAUGUAGGGUCUGUAAGUCUGUAGCAUGAUGGUAGUGUUGUAGUGCAACUUAGGUCUAUUGAUGUGAGAGUUACCUUUCCUUGUUGAAGGCUAUGAUUGCUUGGAAUCACAUGUGUACCUAAGGAGAUAAGGACCUGAAAAGGCUUGUUCAUUGCAGGAACCCACAAGGGCUGCAAAAGCAGUAAGAAGAGCAGGGACAUCAGACGGAAUUAAGCUGUGUUUUUUCCUUAAGAAAUGCUUCCUGGACCUCAAGUUAAUUAUGUCACUGUGGUUGUGUUUGAUUUGUGACGGACAGAUUCAGGCUAGUACAAAGGCCAGCUGAUGAAUCCUGUCUAAACAUAAGAAUUUUGCCCUUUAUUGGGAUAUAUAUAUAUGGAAAGUUAAUUUUUGUUUCUGGAUCCUGGAAGACCAGCUGUUUUGGGCUCAGUCAGCCAAAAUUACCAGUCUUCCACUUGGACUCGGUUUUGUGUUGGGCUGUGGAUACAGCUUGAAACUGGUGAGAUUGAUCAGCUCCAUCUGUUGCCGCAGGCUUUAUAGGCUAGAAGACUGGGAAGAGGAGUGCUGCCUUUGCAGAUGCAACACACUUAAGACUGUGGGAAGGAAAGAAAUUCUUGAGUGACUACAGCUAGAACUAAGGACAGAUUUCUUAGCUGUACAGCAGGCAGCUGCAGGUUUGGAGAGAGAACCCGGGCAAACAGGAUAGGAAGAGGAUUCAUUUGCUGAAGUGAGAUCCAAGAUUAAAGAUAUCAAAGCAGUGUGAGUGUUCUUUUUAUGCCUGAAGUCUGUAAGUCCACAGGUCUGGUACGGGCACUGACAAUAUGAAGUCAUUGCUCAAUUACAGCAAACAAACUGUAUUUGUUACAGUUGAUCCCAGAGGCCAAUUAAGCUGAAAAUUUGUUUCCAAAAACCCCUCUAUUGGAUCAGAUCCGAUGACAGGUUUGAGGCUUUAAGGAAGCUUUGUACUGAAGAUCUACUAGAAUAGGUGGCUGUAGAAGGCUGACAAUAUUUGGAGGAUGGAUGAUGUAGUCAGCUGUAAGAAAUCACACUAUAGCAAUCAAAAGUUGAUGGGCAAGAGAAUAAAGAUAAAAGUCUGGUGUCUGGAAUGAAAAAGGCAAAUUCCUUAAUACAGCUGCAAUUACUUCUGGGAUAGCCAAACAUUUAUUUUUCUGGCCUUAAUGCAAGAAUCCAUGACUACAUGGACUACAAUGACUACAAAACUAGGCUAGUUUUCCAUUUCUGCAGACAUCACAAGACAAGCAGGAGUGGUGGGCACAGAAAGGGAUAGGGUUGGUUUUAGAUGAAGUUCAUCCUUUUAGUCCUCAAAGGGGUGAGAAGUUUACAGUACUCCUAAGCAGUGUGCUGUAGUGCUCUACGGUGUGCUGACACCUUGAGUGGGACUACUGCAUAAGUUCAGGUCACUGGGCCAGAGCGUAAGGUGACAAUUAACCAUCAGAGCAGAAUUGGCUGUGUUGUGUUUAACAGAGAGUUCCAGACCACUAUAAGAAGUAUGCUGGGAGAUAUCUUGGGGCAGAGUUAAUGGCCUUACUGGAUUCAGGCCAAGGUUAAUGCCUUGGCAUCACAGGAAGUGAAAAACAACAUUUAUGUCUGGAUCACAGAAUCACAAAAUGGUUGAAGUGACAAAGGGCCCUCUGGGUCCACUUGGUCCAGAACUCAGAGCAGGGUACCCAAACCCAUGUCCAGGAUGAGACUCCAAAACCUGUCUGGGCAUUCUCUGCCAGUGCUCCAUUACCCACACAGCACAGAAGUUCUGCCUGGUGUUCAGAGGGAACCUCCUGUGCUCCAGUUUGUCAACUGCCUCUUGUCCUGGCACGGGGCAUCACUGAAAACACCUGGCCCUGUCUUCAUUGCAUCCUCCCUUUAGGUAUUUAGACACUGAAGAGAUACCUCCUGAGCCUCCUCUUCUCCAGGCUAUAAAGUCUCGUCUCUCUCAGUCUUUCAUCUCUCAGGAUCCUGCUAUGUUUGCUAAGCUUAAAUCUCAGUUAUUCCUAACAUAGUAACACAAAUUGUUUAAUCUGCAGAAUCUGAAGGAUGGUGUAGGGUUUGGGGUUAGUUUUAGUGACAGCACAGCCUGGUACUGCACAUUCUAGGCCAUUAGAACCAGUACAACAACUGCUGAAGAAAAUCAGGCAGGGCCAAUAUUAGAUAUGGGGCAAGCUGGGCCUAAGACUAGGAUUGAUGUCAUGGGUAAUAUUUGGCACUAGAGGGACUGAAAAGUUCUUAAAAGUCAUUUCUGGAAACCGGUGCAUUGCUCCUAUUUGUUAAGGAGAAGGGACUUCACAGGGAAAGUCUAACAGACGAAAGCACACGGAGAAAGAGGCACUAGGUCUUAUCAAGGCGUUGUGACCACAAGGGUAUGGUUCAGAAGUCUGUACACAUGUGCACAUAUGUUUCUCCAAUCUGUAACCUUCCUCCCAUCCUUCCUGUCUCCCUGUGAGCCUCCCUGCCCCCCAGCUCCCACAGCCCUCCGUGUCCUUUCUUUUGUUCUGCCGCAUCCUUCUCAGCGCAGCACAGGGCCGAGGCAGCAAGAGGAGAGAAAGAGGAGAGAAGCAGCUUUACCAAUUGCUUUGGCCCUGCGUGCAGAACAAUAACAACCACCAACCCCACAAUAACAGUAGUAAUGGAAAUGCUGCCGGGCCCCGGCUUUUCCAGCUUGGGGUGUAAGGCAGGUGAUGCGGCUGGGGGUCUGCUGGCGUUUGGGUUGGGAUGUAAGCAUCUGGGGGCUGCCGGCUCGCAGCGGUGACCCCACAACCCAGCCGGCACUGCUUAUCUGCCCAAGCCCGGAGCAAAGCAGCCUGGGGACACGCGCAGCUUCCCCGCCGGGCCCUCCGGCAGCAGCCCCUUGUCCCGACGGCGUCCAGCUGUUGCCGCCAGCUGUGUGCCAGCCCCGGCCGAGCCGCGGCCGAGCGCGGGGGCCGCCCUGCCGCCGUCCCCGCCCCUGCGGGAGGAGGAGGAGGAACCGAGAGUGCCCGACCCGGUGGCUUUUAGGGGGGGAGGCCACUCGCCGCUUAGCGCUCCUCCGCCCGCCGCCGCUCCGCCGGGCUGGCCGCUGCCCGGCCGCUGCCCCCUCCCGUCCCCGGCACCUACCUCGAGCCCCCCGCGGGCUGCGGGGCUCCGCGCCCGGAGCAGGAGGCAGCUGGGCGGGCAGAAGCAGCGGGGAGCCGCGCCGCGACCGGGUGGCGGGGGGGAGACGGGAGGCAGAGAGGAGGAAAAAGAAGGCAGGAGAACAGCGAGGGCUGACUCUGGGAGCGGGUCUCGGCGCCCAGGACCCGCACGCCCCGGCGGCCACGCGUGGGUGCAGAGCUCAGGGCCGGGCGGAAGAUGCACACGACGCAGAAGGACACCACCUACACCAAGAUCUUCGUCGGGGGCUUGCCCUACCACACCACCGACUCCAGCCUGCGCAAGUACUUCGAGGUGUUCGGCGACAUCGAGGAGGCGGUGGUCAUCACCGACCGGCAGACGGGCAAGUCCCGGGGAUACGGCUUUGUCACCAUGGCCGACAGAGCCGCUGCCGAACGAGCGUGUAAGGACCCCAACCCCAUCAUCGAUGGUAGGAAGGCCAACGUCAACCUGGCGUACCUGGGUGCCAAGCCGAGGAUCAUGCAGCCAGGUUUUGCCUUUGGUGUUCAGCAGCUUCAUCCAGCUCUCAUACAGAGGCCUUUUGGGAUCCCAGCUCACUAUGUCUAUCCACAGGCUUUUGUGCAGCCCGGAGUGGUAAUUCCCCACGUUCAACCCGCAGCAGCCGCUGCUUCCACUACGCCCUACAUCGAUUACACCGGAGCUGCCUACGCCCAGUACUCGGCGGCGGCGGCCGCCUAUGAGCAAUACCCGUACGCCGCCUCUCCGGCCGCCGCUGCCGGCUACGUGGCGGCGGGGGGCUACGGCUACGCGGUGCAGCAGCCCAUCACCGCAGCGGCACCGGGGACGGCGGCUGCGGCGGCUGCGGCUUUUGGCCAGUACCAACCCCAACAGCUGCAGACAGAUCGUAUGCAAUAGCAGACGGACUCCCGAGGGAAGCUCGUUCUUUCUCUUCCUCUUUUUGGCCUUCCAGUAUAAGUAGUUAAUCAGAGACGAUUGAUGUUAACUAAGGAGCUUUAAGGAAAGCGACGCUAUUGCGAGACUAAAGAGUUUUUAUUCCACUGUCUUCAUACAGUAUGCAUCCAAAUCUUGUUGUUAGAGGGGAGGGGUAGUGCGGCAUGGCUAGUUUCGAGUAUCGAUCCAGAAGAAAAUGGGGAAAAUAUACUGUACUGUCAUGAAAGAGUGGCAGGAGUAGCAAUGGGACUUUGUAUUUUAAAAGAAACAAGAACCAAAAAAGCAAAGGUGUAUUUUUACAGUAUCAGGGAAGCAAAACUGCCUUUUAUAAGUGAGAAAGUGGUAUUCAACAAGUUCGAACCAGGGGAAAAAACUGAGUCAGCAAUAUGUAACCUUUAUCCAUUUAAGAGGAAAAAGCACUGAUUGUCCUUUGUAGCUUUCAGAAGCUGUCUUCGUGAGAUAGCAUCUUCCCACCGUUUCACUAACGGGCAUCGAACAACCCAAGGAAGAUGGCCUGCUAGUAAGAUGGCGGACAGGCACCAAAGUUAUUUUCUUAUCUGUCCUCUGGAUGAGUGGAACUAUGGAGCAAGUGAUGUGGAAGUAAGGGGUGCAACAGCUGUAGAGACAAUCAAUAACACAGACAGUUCUGGACAGAACACAUCACUCAUGCUCAUGUGAUGAGCUUGUCACAUCCUAAUCCCUCGCCCCAUCCUGUUUCACUUUUGGGAAACUUUAACUGCUGGUGUCAGCUAUUCUGAUUCUAAAAUAGGAUCAGCCCUUUACUACAACAGCCUUCUCUUUCUAUUUAUUGCAUCUAUUCGUAACUUGUGAAUAAAGGCAGGAAGAAGCUUAAUGAAUUAAAACUUUUAAGAACUGUGUUAAGGGAAUUUUCUUUUCUGAAACCAUUUGUACGAUUUUAAUAUCUAUUUCAGGACUAUAUUUAAAAUAUUUAUUAGUGAACGUACAUUACACAAGGCAACUUUUGUUACCAAGACUGCAGUUCUUCAAGGGUUAAUGGUAUGUGAUUUAUACUGUGCCUUAAUUGUUAUGCUAUUUAAAAAGAAAUAUUUAUUUUGAAAGUUUUACUAUGCUGUGCUCUAAAGAAAGCAACUUUAGAUGUGACACUGUAAAAUUAUGUAUUCAUCUCAUGGCAUAAAUUAUUUAGUAGACUUAGAUGUAGCAUAUUAAAUAUUAACCUAAUUAACUAAGGAUGUUGACUUGGAUUUAUUUAAAUUCAGUAUGUGCACUGUAUGAGGGUACUCUUAAAUUAACACUUUUUUUUAGGUUUUUACAUUAAAUAUUGCUAGUUCAUUCUUUUUCCCUCUAAUAGUUCUUCAUGUAGACCUCUCAAGUACAUUAGUGCAGUUUUCUCACUCAUCUGUAUGUAGACUGACUAUUUUUCCCUUUGCUAGGAAAUGCUGCUUUACAUUGUCCUGUGAAACUACAAUACUUGCAAUUUUUAUUCUUGACCGAAAUGGAAUUUAAUAUUUUACACUGUAUUGGAUUUUUUUAUACUUGAACAAUUUCAUACAAGGGAAGACAGGAUAGCAUUUUUAUGGACUUUUAUCCAAUGUCACUGGAUUUAUUUUAAGUAUUCUGAGUACUAGCCAGUGUUACAAUGUAGACAUGACUCUUCUGUGCAUAUUAUUUAUUCAGUAUGUAUAUUGCUUUACAACAUUUCAGAUCUUUUAAUCAAUUCACUCAUAUUAAAAACAAUAAAAAAUGUUGUUGCAUAUUGUCUCUUGAUAUCUUUGCUCAAACUGUCUUAGAUGUUGUCUAGCUAAAAUUUGGGGGCCAACCUUUUAUGUAAUUUUCUUGGUCUGUGAGCUGAACAGUGCAGUGCCUUCAAGUGUAUAAACUGUAAACUGUAUUAAAUAGAGGAAACUCUACAGAGAAAAUGGAGAAGAUUCAUCUUAAAGGUUAUCGUAAAAUAACUGUGAGUGGAAGGGACUCUGGGAGUUCAUCAGAUCCCAGACCAGGUUGCUUAUGUCUUUGUACAGUUCUGUCUUAAAAUCCUCCAUUCAGAGACUGCAAAACCCCACUACGUGAACCAUUUCGUUGCCUAACUGUCCACAUAGUAUUUUUUUUUUUUUUUUUCCUUUAUCUAGCCCAAGCCUCCCUGAUUAUUUAUGACCUUCAUCUCUCAUUCUUUGGCAGAGAGCCCAACCCUAUCUUCUCAGUAACCUCCACUUAGCAACUGGAAAGUUGCCGUUCUCUUCUGUGGGCUGGACAAACCCCAUCGCCUGAGCCUCUGCUCUUAAAUUUCAUGCUUCAACCCCCAGCCAUCUUUCUGAUCUUCCAAUGGAUUCAUUAGGGUUUAUCAAAAGCUUUCAUAUGCUGGGGAAGUCUAGAUUGGACUCACUCUGCCAGAUGUGAUCUAAUGAGCACUGAAUGAAAGGGAAUUACCAAUUCCCUUCAUCUGCCACCUGUGCUGCUGUUCAUAUGGUCUAAUGCACUUUCACUGCUGCCAGGGUUUGCCACUAACUCACAGUCAGCCCGACACAAGGCCUUGCAUGCCCUUUCCAGCAGAGACAAGCCAGCCAUGCCUUAUAAGCCUGUGCAGGGUCCUAGUCCAUCUGAGGUGCAGGAUGCUAUAUUAGUCCACACUGAAUUUCAAUGGGGCUCCUGUUGGCCCUAUCCUCUAGCAGACAUGAAUCUGUCUGAAUGGCAGGCCUGAUCUCAAGCACAUCAACUGCACUGUCCUGUUAGUAUCAUCAGUGAUAGCCUGAAAGUACUGCAUCCUGCCUCUGCGUCUAAGUAAUUGACAAAGACAUCAGACAGGACAAUCCCUGUGGAAUUCGAUUUGUAACCAACUUUCAAGCACAGUAUGAGCCCUUCUGGACAUCAAUCUGGUUAGGAUUUUGCCCAUCCAGACUGAAACAUCUGAAAUUGGAUACAAGGAUUCUGUGUGAGACUGCACAAAAAGCCUUGCUAACUCAAGGUAGACCUCUGCUUUCCCCUCAUCCACAAUGAAGUCAUUUAAUCAUAGGAGGUAAUCAGUUUGGUCCGGCACAAUUUACCCUUGUAAAUCCAUGCUGACUCUUCCCAAUUACUACCUUCUUCUUCAUGUGCCAAUAAAUUACUUCUAAUAUUGCCUGCACUGUGACUGCCACAGAAACUGACUGUCCUGCGGUUCUCUGGAUUCUCCUUGCCCCACUAAAGAUGGGUGCACUACCUGCCUUUCUUCAGUAAUGCAGAUCCUGAUCUCUGUACCGUUCCAAAGAUAGUGAGCAGCCUCACAAUGGCAACAUCCAGCUCUCCCAUUACCCAUAGCUGCAAUUCAUCUGGGAAGUGGCAGGAGUCAUAUAAUGGAAUCAUAAAAUCAUGAUGCAAGAGACCUUAAAGACCACCCAUUUCCAACCCCCCCUGCCAGAGGCAGCAUUGUCACCAACUAGAUCAGGCUGCCCGGGGUCUCAUCCAACCUAGCCUUGAAUGCUUCUGGGGAUGGGGCAUCCACAGAUUCACUGGGUAACCACUCCCAUGCCACACCAUCCUUUUGAACAGAGAAUUUCCUUCCAAUAUAUCAUCAAAAUCUCCACUCUUUUAGUUUAAAACCAUUUCCCUUGUUCUAUUACUAUUGCAA